AGAAAUCUUUGAUUUUAAAAGGUUGAAAUAAUACAAUAAGAUAAGAAAAUGGAACGAUACAUGUUAAAAAAAACUUACUCUACUGCUUAUUAUACCGUCGCAAGCUAACGAGGGCGAGGCGUCGAGCUGCUUUCCGACGGGCGGAAAAAUACACACACUUAGCAAAGCGCGAAAGUGUCUAUUGGUAGCGCACGAAAAUUGCACUCACGGGUCCACCGAAUCUAAACAGCGCAGGCACCACACGUGCGGACUGGCCGGUCAAAAAGACAAAAAUUCAAUAAUUUGAUUUUAUUCAAAUUACUGGAUUUUUAUUAAAGACGACUUCCGUUGGACUUCGUCGGCGUGAACUUUAACUUUUCGUCCGUCCAAUUUUAAUCACUAUCUAUGUAGUGGAUUGCAAAAAUUGAAAAACCGACUCACGGACGGGCUUAGUCCCGGCGUCUCAAAAUCGUUUUUAUGCCUCUGAAAAAUUUCAGAGCUGACUCGCGAAUGAGAGUUGUACUGCCAUUAAUUGACUUCCGCGAUGCACUUUUAUAUGAACGUUUAGAGACUUCAGGUGGGAAAAUUUUGUGGACUAAGGGUUUUUAACACGUGAACAAGGCGUGAGCUCUGGGCCUGUUACUAUGCCAAUAAUGCUGAGUUUUUAUUUUCUUUUAAUGGUAUAGCCAAAUAUAAUAAUAUGCACUUGAUAAAAUCAAGCAUAAUUAUUAUUGAAAAGACUUGUUGUCUUUUGGAUUUAUUUUAUUAAUUUUCCUUGUUGGAAAAUGAUUUGAUUUUUGGCAUUUUUACCCUUUUUUUAUUUGCAACAAUUACAACGUUGAUGUUGUGUUGUUAUGAGCAUGUAGGAUUGUUAGGCCCAGAAUACGUAAUAAAAAAAAAGUGGGGGGGUAGAGUAAGAAAAGGAUGGAAGCUGAAGAAUUACGUUCAAGAAAAAGCUCAUCGCGUAGAUUUAUUUUAACUAUUAUUAUUAUUAUAUCCCUUUUUUUCGCGAGAAGUCCAAUUUCUAGUGUGGCUCCUGUACACAUCCAUACUCAUUUUUUUUUGGACCCGCAAGUGAUAAUAUCGUGUCUCACAAAACAAAGUAUCCAUUAUUAUCUUCUUCAAUCAAUAAUUCCGUUAAAUUUUAAAUUAUGAACAUUGCCGCAGCAUUCGAUGCAUUCAGGGUGCUGCUGCAAUGUUCGUUAACGCACUCGCGACAUUCGCAACAUUACCGUUCGCUACUUUCUUCAAUUUUAAGUGGGGAACAUUGCCGCAACGUUUAAUGCGCUCAGAACGCUGCCGCAAUGUUCACUAACACAUUCGCAACAUUCCCUUUUACUAACUUCUACAAUUUUCGUUUGGGAACAUUGCCGCAACGUCCAACGCACUCGGGGCGCUGUCGCAAUGUUCGUUAACGCACUCGCAACAUUCACAACAUUACCGUUCGCUACUUUCUUUAAUUUUAAGUAGGGAACAUUGCCGCAACGUUUAACGCAUUCAGAACGCUGCCGCAAUGCUCAUUAACACAUUCGCAACAUUCCCAUUUGCUAACUUUUACAAUUGUGGUUUGGGAACAUUGCCGCAACGUCCAACGCAUUCGGAACGCUGUCGCAAUGUUCAUUAACGCACUCGCAACAUUAGAAUUAAAAAUUUUCAAUUAUAUUUCAUAUAUAUAAUGAUCCUCACUUUUUAAGGUUAUAUUUAAUUAUGAAUGCCCGUAGAAAUUUGAAUUAUAUUAGAGUACAUGCACAUAUAUCCAUUGGUGAUAUUUGCGAUUUACAUUUUUAUUCUAAAUAGUUGUAAUAAUAAUAUGUGCACACAUAACAUUCCAAGAAUAAGGCCCGAGUCCGUUCCCAUCGCAUUAUGCUGACGAUUGAAUUUUUAUUAUCAAAGUAUUGUGUUAAAAUUUACGAAAAGUAAAUUUCAGCACAAUACAAAAAAAUUAAAUUUUUAGGUACCACCGUGACAAACCACCGUGAAUAUUCCCGUUUUUGUCCCCAAAAACUAUAAGCGAUGAGAACGAAAUCGGGCUAAUAAUAAUUAAAUAAUAAUAUUAAUAUAUCGCAUGAGAAGAAAAAAAAAAAAGAAGAGAAAAGAGAAUUAUAAGAUUGCUUUUAUAUAUUAUUUUUGCUGAUUCUUUGUCUGGACGUUGGUGCCAGAGAGUCGGAUGUGGAGUAUCAGGUUGCACUGAUAAGGACCAAGGAGCUGCACGUGUAGCAGUCUCCGCGGUCCAGACUCAGCUCCCCUCAUUCAGUUUGCUGGCGACCUGUGGGUAGUAGACUUUUCUCGUACCCCAUUGUUUCGCGCGAUCAGAAAGUGAGUGGUGAAGUGUGGUGCAAAUAUAUAAAAAAAAAAGAAAGAAUAAAAAAAGUGUUAAAAUGAGUGAAAAUGUAAGUAAUUAUCGACAGGGGUUGUUGGGCCUUUUGGAAAAGGUGAAGGGGAUGCAGCUGGCCAAAGUACAGGAGGAGGAAGAGCGGGCCCCUACAUCGGAGGACAACGAUAGAAUGGAAAAAAUAUUUGUUUGCAUCCAACUUCGUAAUGUGUUGGGGGGGCUCAGUGGGGAAAGAGGAUUUUUUGUUGCGUAUGAUGAGUGGAGGGUGGCUCCCGAUCGAGAAGACGAUCGGGUGCAAUGGGGAUUGGACCCGAUUUUAAUGAAUAGUAGUCCCCGAAAACGUUACACCCGGUGUCAGUGGUACCAGGAGUACUCCUGGUGCGAGAGGAGCCGAAUCUACUUCUGUCGAGGUUUUUGGGCGACUUCUGGGUUUGUCGAUCCCUCGGUUGUAAGGGAUGCAGCGGGGGACGUGAAAGUUCUCCAGGGCUGGUGGGAGAUAAACAGGAGUCACCCAACAUGGACACUACGCUCACUGCCAGCUAUACCUCCCAAGGUCGGCUACCAGCCGAUAACGAGGGCACUUGUCCUUUCUUACGUACAAUGUUUUCAUUGGACGAGAGAGGGGCAGGCGAGGGUACGCUCAAGGUGGCAGUUGAAGGCUCGGAUUCCUCUAAGGAGGAUUUGGCAGGAGGUUGGUCCAGAGGGCCAUUUGCUAGAUUCGACUGUCUAGCUUGCGGUUGACCUUCGGACCAGGGAGCCAUCUCUCACCUCUUAGCUUAAAAAAAAAGAAUAAUAAAAUAAAAAAAAAGUUAAUAAUUUUUUUUUUUUUUUAUAAUUCUGUAAUUUUUCUGUCUUUUUUUUUUUUUUUUUUUUUUUUUUUUAAAAAAAAGAAAAUAAAAUAUUUGUCAUGAAAAUUUCCCGUUCUCUCUCUCUUCCUUCUUUUUUUUUUUCUUUUAUAUCUUCUUAAUUUCAGAAAUACGAGCGAUACUUGUUCCCCCUCCCCUUUAAUAGAGAAAUGAUUAAAUUUAAAAAAAUUAAACAUUAUGAAAAUAAAUCGAAACCUUAAUCUUUUAUAUAAACACAAAAAGGGGGGGAACUUUCAACGUUGGUGCUUCGAUGCAAGGUAAGUGGAAAGUGUUCUUUUUUUUUUUUUUUUUUUUUUUUUUUUUUUUUUUUUUUUUUAAUG